UAUGCUGUGCAAUCCAGCUGAGGGGGUGAAAAGAGAAGGAGUGAGAGAGAGAAGGUAGCUUGUGUAAAGUAGUAGUCAAUCACUCAACACAGUCAGCCAGAGAGAGGGAGAGAGAGUGAGGGGGAGAGAGAGAGAGAGGGACUGGAGGAGCAGCCAGUCGUUCGUCCCUCACUCCAGGCUCUGAGUUUAUAGGCAGCCAGGCAGAUUUUCUUGGCUUAGACGCAGCGCUCAUGACAGGAUUAGGAGCCGAGGACGCGGGACCAACCGGAGAUCUGCAGGUCUCAGAUUCUCUUCCUGCACAGCUGUGACCAACCUCCUGCAUCCUGUCACACUGACCUUCCCACGUCCGUCUUCCAAGGUUGACCUGAUUACGGAGAGGCCACCCCCUCCUCUCCCAUCAUGCGUCCCCUCACCACCACCCUCCUCCUCCUCCUCCUGCUGCUGCUUCUCCUCCGGUCAGCAGAGCCCCGGAGAGGCCCUCGGUCAGGAGCCAAGGAGAGGGGCGCCGGGGGCCGUAUUCGGGGCAGAGGCAGGGCCGGAGUGAUGAGGCGGCAGGCCCAGGACUGUAAGGAAUAUAUAGAGGCUGGAGAGAAGUACCUGGACUGUCAGGACCGGCAGCUGACCACUGUGAUGCAGGACUGGCCUAAAGAUAUUCAACAUCUGCUGUUGGCGAGGAACAGGAUUCAGGUUUUGAGGGACAACAUGUUCUCCCAGUUCACUCAGCUGAAGAGCCUGGACCUCCAGCAGAACGACAUCUCUAUGGUGGAGGAGGGAGCGUUCACUGGCCUCUCCCAGCUCACCACCCUGCUGCUUCAACACAACGGACUGAGAACAGCCUCCGAGGAGCUCCUUCUCCCUAUGCCCCGCCUCACCUACCUCCGUAUCUAUGACAACCCUUGGAGCUGCGACUGUUCAUUGGACAGCCUGGUCAGGACCAUGCAGGUACCGAGCAAUCGCAAUCUGGGCAACUACGCCAAAUGUGCCGAGCCCCUGUCACUGAGGGGGGAGAAGUUAAAGAAGCUGAGCGUGGAGUCGUUGUGUACGAGUGAUAACCAGGUGGACAGCAGGCCAGGGGGCGGAGGGAGAGGGCAACCGAGGCCUCCACCAAUCAAAAAGAAGCUAGAGGCUACAUCUAUGUGCCGCACCUACAUGUUCCCCAAGCCUCUGCUGGACUGUAGCAAUAAAGAUUUGAACAACAUCCCGUCUGAGCUGCCAUCUGACAUUGUGAAAAUGGAUCUGUCCAGUAACAGCAUCAAACAUCUCAGGCCCAAACAGUUCCUGCUGUCUAAAGACCUCAAGCUGCUCAACCUCAGCAGCAACAACCUUCAACGACUAGACACAGCUGCAUUCGCAGGCCUGCUGUACCUCCGUGAGCUCGACCUGUCCAACAACAGCCUCCACUACUUCGAUUAUGGCGUCCUGGAGGACCUCUACUUUCUACGGAAGCUCACGCUGGACAACAACCCCUGGAUCUGCGACUACAACAUCCACUACCUGAUCUACUGGCUCAAGCACCACCCGGGCGUCUUCUACACCGGCCUGAUCUGCUCCGAGCCGCAGGAGUUCAGGGGCUGGCGUGUCGAGGAUUACGUCAAGACGUACAACGGGGAGUGUCCCAAGGAUAGACAAACUGGAGGAGUGGAUACGGGACAGGCGGGUCAAGGGGGGACAGACAAUGAGGCUCAGGAGGUGGGAGGGGAGACGAGCGAUGGGCAAGGUGGGCGUCUGCCUCGGCCGCUGAAAGAGAAGAAGAAUAACGGGAUUGAAAUUAUCCGGCUGAGUUAGAUUAGGGGCGGAGCAAGACUGGAGAGAGAGCUUGGAUUGAGGUCUGUUGACGGGCUGAAGAAUGGAUAUUUUAAAAAUGAUUUUUUUUCACAUAGAAUUCUUAAAUAAAACAUUUGGGGCUAACAAUCAUGAAAGCAGAAACUAAACAAAUUUGGGAAAUUUUCUUGAAAACUUUACCUUUAUCCUGAUGACUCUGAAGAUACCAUUCAGAUUUUUCUUCCCAGUUCCUAAUGCAGUCUGUAUCAGAUCUUAUAACCCCUUUAAAAGCAUCUCUUUGGAUUUCCCAUGCAAUAAACUACACAUGCUUUUCUCCUCUUAAGGCAAAUUUUGAUACUCAGUUCGGGAUAUCUUUAUUUCUUUAAUCUUAAAUAGGGAUUUUGGGCUUUUUUAAGUAUAGAUUAAUGUAUGACGAUGUCUACAUGUGUUCUGGAAAUAAAAUUGGUUUUAUUUUUUCUGA